AGCGAGCAGUCUGCCAAAAAGUAACGGCCAGUUCUGCGGUCUUGUGACUACAUGUGGGGCUACUCGAGCCCACCAGGUGAAGGGUGUGACACGUGCUUGGUGCCGAACUGCACAUGGCAAUUCGGCCCGCUUCCUUUCGAGCAAGCCUCGGCUUCCACCAACGCGCGACAUUCGGAAGUCCUGACGCAUUCGCCGCACAGUAUCACGUUUCCUUCUACUUUCUUGUCUUUUGCGAUUUUGCGGUGAUACCCCUUGUUCUUCAGCAGCUAUGGCGGACGCACUUUGCGGCCCGUCAAAUGCGCUGCAGAACUUCCAGAAGCAUACCUCCGUUGAUCGGACCUUGCAGCAAGAUCGUUUGGUCGGCCGUAAUUCUCCAGCACAGGGCUUUAGAUCUUCGCAAGGCCCAAACGCAGCACUAGAUUCCGAGUUUGAUGCUUUCCAGCAAGGUCGUCCAGGCGUGCCGCAGCCUGACUUCCAGCACUUCCCGCCGCAAUUCGCAACACCUCCACCACAGUUUUCACAGGCUCCACAAGCGCCUGGCUGGGCAUCAGACUUCCAGCGACUGAAUAUCACGAACCAGCCGGCGCCAGUUUUCCAGCAACAGCGCCCUCAGGCAGCAAAUGCGGCGUCAGCAUGGCAUCAGGACUUCAUGAGGCAACAGUCCCCGGCUGCCCCGGCACUGGCGCAACAACAAAGCGGAUUUGGUGGUGUGUCAAAUUACGGCAUCAGCGGAUACGCUGCGCCUACAUACAUGCAAUCGCCAGCCUUUCAACCUAGCUCCCAGAUGUCGCAGGUAGCGCAAGGGAAGCAGGCGGCGCAAGAGCCGGCAUUCAACGAGGCAGCCUUUGAACAGGCCUUCGCUCAGGCGCAACAAGAUGCACUCGACGAGGCAGUCGCAGAGCAGAAGCGAGCGCAUUCUCGCGCAAUGAACCCCGAGGUGAUGGGCAUGGACCGGCCAAGUGAGGAUCCUCUUCUUAUACGGAUACGGGAAACACGGCCAGCUGUCUACUCGGCGAUCCAAGUCUGGAGCGAAAUGGGCCUCGGCCGCACCGAAGAAGCUGUGUCAUAUCUGGACAGCAUGGGCACUCUCGAGAGAAAUGGCGACCUUGUACAAGAUGCGAACGAAGCUCGAUGGAUCAUCGACUCGUUACAACGUAUCGUGAACCGCGGAGCGCCGCAGGAGGUGAAGCUACGCGCUGAGGGAUUGGUUGCUGCUAUCAAUCAAAGGAUAAUGUCACAAUACCCGAUGGGCGCUCGAGUUCCUAUGAGCCAAGAGCGGAUAUGGCAGGAAUUGGAUGAGGCUGGUUUUAUGAGGACACCGCAAAAUGAACUAGCAGAGCAAGAGCCUGAGCAGCAAGCGGAGCAGCCAAAGAUGAACGACGAUGACGAGAUGGCAGCGACCGCUGGGCGUUUGUUGGAGCGAGUUGCGGACAACACAAGCGAGAAGUUUCAGAAUUCGCAGUUCCUCGAACUCAUGCGACGACUCCGCGAUCGAGAGGUGCGAGUGGAAGGCGAUAAAAUGGUGGAGGUCAGCGACCAAGUUCCGAGUACAUCUCACAGUACAGGGCAGCUGUCUUCAACUCAGCCAGGCCUUGGACCAGCGAACACAGCAACGUCAAUCCCUGGCAUAGACCCCAACAUUCUCGAUCACGCAGCCACCGAUCUUGAGCUGCCAGCUUACUACGAAACGUAUGAGACCUCUCCUGAUAGAUCUCCCAUCAGGUGAAGCACCGAUGGCUAAUGAAAUCGGUCAGUUCCGAAACUACAACAUCGAUCAACAGUGGUAUUGGUGAACAACAAAUACCGAUACCAGACAAUGAACAAGACGGAGACUACUGGCGUCACCCGGCUUAGAAGAAUUGUCGGAACUUGAGAGACAACAAAUCCUCAAACUGCAAGAGCUGCAUGCGAGAAAAGAGGCCAUGCACGGUACAACAUGAAUGUAGCAGGACUUCACUCUACGUCAGCGAGUCCAGUCCGCCGCUUCGUAGCGACACUGAGUGUGAGACACGUUGAUGAAAACUUUGUCAGCCACUGCGUGACAAUCAAUUCCAAGGCUAUCAGAUAUACAUGCAAUAUAACUAAAAUUUGUACAUACAUCACUCCGAAAGCUGCAGUGAAAGUGCGAUGCUGAAUGGGUGAAGAUGAG